AUGGGAUCUUUGAGGUACAUUUGCAACACUUGGAAACCAAAGGAGCUUCUGAGAAAUUCCUUGACAGUUUCAAGCUCAAGGACAGAUGAGGCAACAACCAACCCUGAACUAGUUGUAACCCAACAGUGGCAUUUGGUCCUUUACGUGGUAGCUGGAAUACUUCUAGUUUUACUUGUAACCACGUUUACAGUGUUUCUCUUUCGUCGAUGCAAACCUCAUGUGUAUGAGAAGCCAUUACGCCCAAGAAGAACAGCAGUUAGAGAGCAAAGUAUUCAUGUAUAUGAUGUUGUUCAGUCUGAUGUGGAGACAACUGCCCUUCACAAUCUAAGAGGAGUGUCUGCACGUGCUUUCGAGCACGAACAUGUACCAUCACUUGUGGAUAUGGAAGAAAACGAAGUCCGUUCGUACGAAAAUGUUAGCCACUACGACUAUGUGGACACAACACCCGACCAUAUAGACCGUCGGACGAACGCACCCGAUGAAAACUAUAUUCACGCUAUAUAAAGAUUAUUGAGUAUCCGAUCUAAAUUUAAUU